AUGGCUGCUAUCGACCGCAGCUGCCUGUUCUGCAAGAAGAGCCCGUGGGAUAACAAAGAACUCGAACUUCUCAAUUGGUACAGCGCCAACCUAAAUGGCCGUCUCGAUACUCGCAUCUGCAACUUCCACAACCAGAAACAGAUCGAUCGUCUACCGGAAGUACGCAAUAGGAUUCAGCAGGAGACCAAGAAGCGCACCGCUCCAGUCGAAGAAGCCAAACAGCGAAUUUACAUGGACCAUUACCGAGAGAUGCAAGCAGACCAAAAGACUGCGGGCUGUUGUAUCGUUAUGUGA